AUGAGCUCGCAUGAGCUGCCGUUCCUGAUACUCAACCUCGCAGUGGAAAUGAUUUUCGUGCUGAACUCGCGCCUGCACGCGCAGGCGGUGCCGCUGGCGAGGUCGGCCAGUGUACUAAGCGACAUCGGCACAAACAUCUUUGACACCGCUUUUGUGAACGAACUCUUCGUCCCACAGGCAGUGUACUCAUCGGCGUCAGUGCUCCAGGUGUUCGCGGCGCUGUCGAGCAGCACCAUUAUGCGUCUUAGCGAGAACUCGAUGCGCAAGUUGUACGACCUCGUCUACAUGACGGUCAAGUACCAAGUCUUCACGCUGCGCCACCCGUUGGAGCUGCUGGAGCUGACGCUAAAUCACCUGGAUGCCGCACAGAAGAUUUUGCCAGCCACGGUGCGACCGCUCACCAGCGUAGCGGAGGAGCGCGUGUUGCGGCUCGCCAGCACGCUCAACAUGGGUGACUGGGCGAGCACAAGGCAAUCGCUGCUCAACUUCUUCACCGGCCGCCACGUGCGGGUGUCCGUCUUCCUCGAAAGCAAGAUGCAGGACGGCACGAGCGGUGCCUUUUACAUUCCUCGCGAUGCUUUUCUGUCGCCCUCGCCCGCCUGCAAACCACCAGGGCUCGUCUACGUGGCGGGUGUGCCCCAGCCUGGCACGUUCGCCCACCCUGAUGCACACCUUCCCUACCCUCCGCAUAUACCCCUUGGAUCAUGGAGACCGCAGAAGGGUGCAGCGCGAAUGACGAGCAACGGCUUCGACAUCUACGCCGCUGCUGCCACUGCGUCGUCGAGGUCGGCUACUGUGGCUAGCGCUGCAGGAGCUCCUUCUACCGUUGUCGUCGACCCGCUGCUGAGGCAGACGGUCGAGGUGCCGAUGCGGAAGAAACCGACGUUUGAUGACGGCGGUGCCGUCCCCGCCUCCACCGGCCCCUGUACUCCGCCGCCUGUUUCCGUUGCCGCCGAGGAUCAACAAAGUGCCCACGACGCCGAGGUGAACUAUCUUGCUCAGCUGAUUGGGUGCGUAAACAGAGCUCGCGGCGUGCAGCAUUUCGAGCUCGACUUGUUCCAAGUCGGUGCCGGCAGUAGUGGUGAGGCGAGCGCUGUCGUGCCAGUGCCUUCUGCCUCCUCGACGUCGAUCACGAAGGCGGCCAGCAGCAGAGGCGCCGGCGCUAUGCCGGCGAUGCCGGUUACUCGCAUGACAGCCUCUGCGGUUUGGGAGCAGAACAAGAAGCUCCUGGGCAUCAUGAGCGACUUUCAGUCACCCAAGGGGGCAGGCAGCGGUGAUGCUGGUGGCGCUGUGCCAGCCACAGGUGGCACGUCCAUGAACGACUUGCUCAACAUCAUGGACGAGCUAUGA